AUGAGCAACAACAAUAACAAUAACAAUAAUAAUAAUAUUAAUAAUAAUAAUAAUUUUAAGUCAACGGAUAGUAUCCAAAGUGAUACAAAUAAUAGUAAUAAUAAUUUUUAUGAUUUAAAUGAUAGUAAAGAAUAUUUAGUUUCAACAAAAAAAACUAAAGAAAGUACAGGAAUGUCAAAACAAAUUAAAAAAAGAAAUAGUACAAAUUUAAGUAAUAACAAUAAUAAUAAUAAUAAUAAUAAUAAUAAUAAUAAUAAUAAUAAUAAUAAUAAUAAUAAUAAUAAUAAUAAUAAUAAUAAUAAUAAUAAUAAUAAUAGUAAUUCAGAUAAUGAAGAAUCACCAAGAAAAUCUAGUGGAAUAAUAAAGAGUCCAAGAAUUAGAAUUAAUGAAAGUGUAACAUUAAUAUCACCAAGGGAAGAGAAAGAAGCAAUAUCCAAAGUUGUAAAUAGAGAUAAUAAUUUAACAAGUUCUGCACCAUCAAUAUCAAAAUCACCACAUGAUUCAAUAUCUCCAUCUUCAUCUUCCCCACCAAUAAAUAUAAAUAUUAUAAAUAAUAAUAAUAGUGGUGGUGGUGGUGGUGGUGGUGGUCAUCAUAAUAGUAAUAGUAAUGGUAGUAAUAAUAAUCCUAAUAAUAAUAAUAAUAAUAAUAAUAAUAAUAAUAAUAAUAAUAAUAAUCAAUUUAAUGAAUCAGUAUUUUCAAAAUCACCAAAUAAUAAUAAUAAUUUUAAUACAGUUAGUUCAUAUCCAACAGAAUUAAAUAAAUUAGGUGGAGCAGAUAAUAGUAAUAGUAGUAAUGAUUUAGUGAUUGGUAGUGAAAAGAGUCAUCCACCAUUAGGACAAGCACAAGAAUUACCAUUUCAAGUUGUAACAUUAAAUGAUAUGAAUAAGGAUAGUUUUGAAGGAGAUUAUGAUUCAGAUCCUGAAAAUGAAGGUGAAGAUGAAGAGAAAAUGAAAAAAAAGAAGAAAAAAUCAUUUAAAAAGAGAUUUUUAAAUAGGAAAUAUUUUAUAAUAUCAAUUUUAUUUAUGUUAUUGUUGGUUGGAGCGGUGGGUGUAAUAUUUAGGAUAUUUUGGCCAGAUAUAUUGAUAUUGGAGACACAAAUACUUAGAUGGGCAUUGUUUAUUGAUAUUGGAGUUAUGUCAUUUUUAAUAGUGUAUUGGUUAGUUCGUGGAUUCUUUUCCAUUUUUUCAAGUACAAUGUAUUUACAACAACAUGUAUUCUACUAUGUGAAUGGGUUCAUACGACCAUUGAGUUGUUUGAUUUGGGCGGUUAUAGUUUAUUUUGCAACAGAUCCAGUAUUGCAAUUACCAGAUUGGACAAAGGACUCAAUGAGUAAGUUUUUCACUGCAUUACGUGCAGUGAUGUAUGUAAGUUUGCUCUAUUGUGGUAGAGUGAUACUGGUGAAGAUAUUAGCCGCUAGAACAAAUAGAAAAGCAUUUUACACCUCUUUGAAACAGUCCUUGUUAAAUGAGGAGCUAUUGGAACAGUUGUCAACAAGAAAACCAUCGGCAUUGUCACAGUCGGUGUCUGCAAGUUUAAAGAAACGUAAAAAGAUGGGAAUUAGUCAAUGGAUUGAAUCAUUGAAAAUAAAUAAUCAACUAAGUGGUAAACUAAAUUCAAAAGCUGAUCAGUUCACUCAAGAUCAAGCAAAGACAAUAGCAAAACAAAUGUUGAAAUUUGCAGAUAGGGAUCAUAAGGGCUAUUUGGUGAAGAGUGACCUUAGUGGGUAUGUAAAGGAUAAGCAUUUGGACAAAGCGUUCAAUACCAUUGGCAGCAUUCAUGGCGAUAUUAUAAAGAAGGACGACUUGACCAAUUGGAUACUCAGGGUGGUGAGGUCAAGAAAAACCUUGGAGUAUCGUCUUAGGGAUCACGAGGAUAUUGGUAGAGUGAUUAAUGAGAUUGUGAAUUUCAUAUUUUGGAUACUAAUGUUUCUUUUCGUUAUGACAUUGUAUGGUGUGGAGGUCAGUGUUUUCCUCGUACCACUAUCAACUACGAUAUUGGCAUUAUCAUUUGCAUUUGGUACGACAUUGAGAAACGUAUUUGAAUCAUUGAUUUUAAUAUUCUUUGUUAGACCAUUCGAAGUGGGUGACAAGGUGGUAAUCAACCAAUUGGAAGGUUUAUUCGUUGAUAGGAUUGGCAUUGUUUUCACCUCAUUCAAGAGUUUGGAUGGUAAAGCUGUCUAUUUACCAAAUUCGACAUUGGUAAUGGCGAGAAUUGAAAAUCAUCAACGUUCUGAAGAGGCAAGUGUUGGCGUUGAUGUAACGGUUAAUUUUAAUACUCCAGUUGAGAAAUUAUACUUUUUGGAAUCAAAAUUGGAUAAAUGGGUUAAAGCUCAACCUGAUAAAUGGCGUCCAGAUAUCUAUUUGGCUUUUUCUGCUAUCACUGGUACAAAUCAUAUAACAGUUCGUUAUGGUGGUAGUAUCAUUGCAAGUUGGCAGGAUGGUAAAAGAAUAAGAAUCAUUAAAAAUGAAUUCCUUUUCAAAAUGAAAGAAUGGAUAGGUGAAAUUCAAUUAGAAACUUUUCCUCCAAAACAACAAGUUCAAAUUUUAUCAACUACAAAUACAACUGUUGAACAUUCUCAUUUUUUACCACCACAACCAUUUUUAAAUAGAUAA